AUGUCGACCACUAUUGAAAAGAAGCCAAUUAACUUCUCCAACAUCCUUUUGGGUGCCGGCUUGAACUUGGCCGAGGUCACCACCUUGGGCCAGCCGCUCGAAGUUAUCAAAACCACAAUGGCUGCCAACAGAAGCUUGUCGUUGGUCCAGGCUGGAAAGUUGGUUUGGUCGCGUGGAGGUUUGUUCGGUUUUUACCAGGGGUUGAUUCCAUGGGCAUGGAUCGAGGCUUCCACAAAGGGUGCUGUCUUGUUGUUCGUCUCUGCCGAGGCCGAGUAUAGAUUCAGGACCAUGGGUGCCAGCAACUUCGUCUCCGGAAUGGGUGGAGGGGUGGCCGGUGGUGUGGCCCAGGCAUACCUUACCAUGGGAUUCUGUACAUGUAUGAAGACGGUCGAGAUCACCAGAGCCAAGCAGGCUAACGUGGCUGGCGCUGUGCAACAGUCCUCAUUCCAAGUAUUCCGUGAGAUCUUCAAGAAGGAAGGUAUCAGAGGUAUCAACAAGGGUGUCAACGCAGUGGCCAUUAGACAAAUGACCAACUGGGGUUCCAGAUUCGGAUUCUCAAGAUUGGCUGAAGAAGGUAUUAAGAACUUGACCGGAAAGAAGGGUGACGAUAAGUUGAAUGCUGUUGAGAAGAUCGCUGCCUCGGUGGUGGGUGGAGGUUUAUCUGCGUGGAACCAGCCUAUCGAGGUGAUCAGAGUGGAGAUGCAGUCGAAGACCAACGAUCCUAACAGACCCAAGAACUUGACUGUUGGUUCUGCUGCUAAGUAUAUCUACAAGAACAAUGGUGUGAAGGGUUUGUACAGAGGUGUUGCACCUAGAAUCGGUUUGGGUGUGUGGCAGACGGUGUUCAUGGUUGCAUUUGGUGAUAUUUUCAAGAAGAUGUUGAACGCUGACGGCGCAGGUCACUAA